UUCAUGAAAUGAAGGUUGAGUGAUUGAUGGUCAUUCUCAUAUUACACAGUAAACACUUCGUUUUCCCCCAAAUCUGUGAAAACCCUAAAGCACAGCGAAAAUUCGCAAAUUUUCAAAUCGAGAAGAAAUGAGUAUUGAGAAGUUGAGCACCGAAGAAUGUCAAUCACUCUACUCUCUGCUCAGAGCUGAGCAACGCCCACUCCAUGAGAUCGUUGCAGAUUUCAACAGCUCUCUCCCUCGCCAUCGCCAUUUCACUCUCUGCUCCUACCUCCUCAUGCUCUUGCAGGACAAGCAACUCAACAUCUCUGAGCGAAUAAUUGCCUUUGCCCUACUUGUUGAAGCAUAUUCAUCCCAGAGACCCGCUUCAAAUCCUUUCAUAAGCUUUAUUGUAAAAGUUGCUUGUCAUGAAGGGUCUGAAAAAGUUGUGAGAGCGUUCAUUCUACAAUUGUUAGGUGUUAAUGCCUCCAACAGUGGCAAAGAGUUUCUUAAACAGUCUGCUUCUGAUUACGUGAAAGGAUUUGACCAAUCAUUGCAUGAUUUUCCACCUGUAGAUCAGUUGCAGCAGCAGUUUUCUGAUAAAGUUCAUCAUGAAUCAUAUCAUAGCUUAUUUAAGGGUGGUUCUAUAAAAAAUGUAGUCCCAGACCCUGAUGUUCCUCCCAAUUGUAAUGCAGAUUCAGCAGAGUUUGAAUUGCGACCGGGAACAAAACCUAAACUUGGCACCGGCGACAAAGACGAAGCAGUAGUUGGGUUAUUGUCUAAUCUUUCACUGGAAGGAUUGAGCCCUCACUGGAUCAGGCCCCUUCCACCAAGGCUACCAAUACUUGAUGGGGAGCUAGUUUGGCUCAACCCUGAUGACAAUCAUGAACUUAUGUGGGACUACGGUAUGUGCGUUGAUACUAGCAGAGGUGCUGCAGUAAGAGAUUUAAUUGCAAAAGCUCUGAAGGGAGCCCUUGCACCUGCACAGCAAGAGCAAGUGUUGGUGGAGUUGGCGAAUGAUCCAAAGCUUGUAUACCACUGUGGACUAACUCCAAGAAAGUUGCCAGAACUGGUGGAAAAUAAUCCCCUUAUUGCAGUUGAUGUUCUCACUAAGUUGAUAAACUCCCCCGAAAUAGCAGAAUACUUUACAGUACUCGUGAAUAUGGACAUGAGUCUACACUCAAUGGAAGUUGUGAACAGGCUAACAACUGCAGUUGAAUUGCCUUCAGAAUUCAUUCACAUGUACAUAACUAAUUGUAUAUCAUCUUGUGUGAACAUUAAGGACAAAUACAUGCAGAAUAGGCUUGUACGACUUGUUUGUGUUUUUCUGCAAAGCCUUAUUCGAAACAACAUUAUCAAUGUUAAAGACCUCUUCAUUGAAGUUCAAGCGUUUUGCAUUGAAUUCUCGCGGAUUAGAGAGGCAGCUGCAUUGUUUAGGCUUCUCAAGUCAUUGGAAUGAAUAUGAUUGUUUUGACUUGUUAAAAUUUUUUCUCUAUUGCUUCUCCAUCCCUUACAAUACAUUCUGAUGUAGAUAUGUAUCUACCUAGAGCUAAUUAGCAUUCUGUACUAAUUUUCAUUUUAUGGACAAUAAAUAUCAGUUUGUUGGCCUA